CCCCCUCCCCCUCCCUGCUCAUGCUAUAGACGGAGUGAGUUAUGCAGUCCUUCCGCGAGCGCACCAGUGGUUACCACAGCAACCAACCUUGCUAUCAGCAGGAGCCCCAUGAAUUAUCUCGCCUGGAGACCUACCGACAACACCCACAUCAUCCCCAACCACAGCAUCCACACCCAGGCCCUGGUCCACAUCCAGGCCCUGGCCCAGGACACAACAGGUCAAGCUAUGAGGCUAUGUCUAACACAGCAAAUGUGCCAACUGCAGGAGCAGCUGGAAUUGGAGGACCCAAGGACUGUUACAGCCAACAAAACUAUUCUGGGUACCCAGGAACUACUGCAGGUGGUGGAAAUGGGGGCUCACCAGCCUCACAAACAAAAAAAUCCUUCAGAGGAAACAAAGUUCCCCCACCAAGCCUCAGUCAACACCUGCAGGGUCAUGGGGGCUAUAGUAAUCACAUGGGCCCAGGAAAUUAUUCUGCCCAGUAUAUGAGCGAGAAUCAUCUCCAGCAGAAGUGGGAGGACCCGGCACAGUUAGCACAGUAUGAACAGGAGAUGGUGGGUCGACUGGAGGCAGGUGCAUCCCCAGCACCUGGCUCCUCCCAGUACAUGGACUCGAACAUGUUAGGACACUCCCAAACCCCAUGCCAUCAGCCUUCUACCCCAAGUUACACAAGCCCACACCACCAGCCCCACCCUCCUAACCCUGCACCCUCACCUCUCAUGUAUCCCCAGGGUCACCUACACUACCCUCAACCCUCCCCUUCUCCAUCCCCAUACAUGGAAAAAUGCAGUCCCAUGCCCCAUUGUUAUAAAGGCUACAACAUACCUCCAAAUUCCCAGUAUGGCAGACAGCUGAGUAGUCAUAGCAGUCUGAAGCAGGGAGUCUACAGGUCAACCCCAAACAGCUAUGGGUACCAGCAGCCAACACCCAGAGGUUAUGAGCAGCAGACCUCUUUACAGGCAAUGACCAAUCCCCAAGAAUCCCACCCUAAAUACCAGCACUAUAACCAACCACAGCAAAAUUACUGUCUUUCGGAGCUCCCUGUCAGAUCUCCAGAACAGUAUUAUCAGACUUGUAGCCCUUCCUCAAGCCAUUCCCCUGCUCGCUCUGUCGGCCGCUCGCCCUCAUAUAGUUCCACCCCUUCACCAUUAAUGACCAAUCCAGAGUCUUUCCAGUAUGGCCAACCACCAAUGACACCGGGAGCAGCCUCCUCCUCGUCAUCUUCUUCAGCUGGUAUGCAAGAUCAAGCCAAUGUGAACACCAUGCUGAUGCCCCCAAGGUCUCACCCUUCACCUAACAUAUCCCACACAGCAUCCCACAGCUAUACCACUACACCACAAGCGCCCAUAAUGAAAGAGCGCUUCUCAGAGAAGCUGUUAUCAAACCCCAGCUUGUGGAGCCUAAACGCUCUCACCUCUCAGGUGGAGAAUAUCUCCAAUAAUGUCCAACAGCUUCUGCUUUCAGAAGCGCUGGUUGCAAACAAAAAAGGCAGUAAGCGCAGCAGUGGUGGGAGCAACAGCAGCAUUGGAAGUGGGGCUUCCACCAAGAAGGGUGAAGAAUACAAAAGUCCUCCAUAUUCAGACAGUGGUGGUAAUAUGAGUGGAGGCCCCAUGCAUGAACCUUACUCUACUCCACAGCACCAACCAUUGCCUAUGGAACUCCAUGAGGGUGGCUACUCCAGCAGUAGUGAUGAACCAUUGGACAGAGGCUACUAUUAUUUUGGCCAGGGCAGAAGUCCAGCUCAGGCCCAUAACAAUACACAACUCAGUCUGGACACGGCGUCAUCUUGCUCUAUUGCUUCUCCAGAUGAUAUGUCUACCAGGUCUGGGGACUCAGGUCUGCACAACCUUACACCUGAUCCUAUAAGAUGUCAGGCAGGGCAAGGAGGAGAUGGCAUGAGUACUCCAGCGAAGAGCAUUGGUGAUGAGAGGUCUCCAACAAGUAUUACAAUCCCCAGUCCCCUGAAACAAGAAAGUGACUCCCCAUCAAAUAUACAACAUAUCAAUCAGCCUGUAAAAGAGAACUUUGAAGAAUCAGCUUGGACGGAAAAACCUGCUGAAAAAGAAGAGGAAGCAAUAGAGAAAACUCUUGACUUCAUAAACAAUUCAGACUCAACCAACCCUACAGAGAAACAAGAGAAAUGGACAGGUGAGGAAAAAUGCCCAGCUUUCUACAACAAAAUAAACACGGAUAUUGCAGACAAAAACUAUUGCUAUGAGGAGACGAUGUACCAAGAGGUCCACAGCAAAUAUGACUCAGAUGCAAGAGACUCAGUAGAACAGUCCCCAGAUGACCUCUCUGAUUCCAGUAACAAAGAUCACUUUAGUCAAGUGAUGAAGUCAGAGGCAUUCAAAUCUGAAUCUCCAACUGCAUCUGAGAGUUCUGUAAAAACUUUGCCUUUCAUUUCAAGAGGAGACCUUGAGCAGGAUCAAUACUCCACAGAGAAAGAUGACAGUUCAGCAAACACUUCUCCAACUCCCCAAGCUGAAGUCCUGGAAGCGUGUAGCUAUGACAAGAAGGAGAGCAGAAAUAAGGAGGAUGACAAAGAGGCAGGAGAGGAGAGGGGAGAAGAUAAGGCAAAUGAGGAUGAGAAAGAAGAAAAUGAAAAAAGUUCUCUUUCACAGCUUUUGCUUGGAGAAGUAGAAGUAGAGGAAGGAAAGAAAGAAACCCAGUCAUUAACUCGAGAUCACAUGAAUAAUGAAGAUAUCCAAGGGAGUCCAUCUGAAGAUAUCUGCAGCAGGAUUGAAAGUCAAAAUUUAGCACUCAAUACCGACAGUGAUUUUGCACGGGGACCUGGUCAUCUAAAUGCAGCAGCAGCUACGACAGCAACAGAUGCUUCAACAAAGGAGUCAGCUAUUGGUGACACAGUACCUCAGCCUCAGUCUGCUAUGCCAAUCUUCUCUGCUCUCAAUGACAAGGCUGCUCCUCCUGCUCAGGCUAGAGAUCAUAUUGAUCACAGCGAUGCUAAGGUCCUGGAGCCAGACUCUCCUCAACUGCCAGGGAAGUCAAUAUUACCCUCUGCCCCUUCCUGGGCAGACACUCCACCAUCUCCUCAAAAAGGCGAUGAUGAUAUAGAACCAGGCAUAAGUUGUGCCAGUGCUGUGACACCACUGACAAAGCCAGAACCUAUGGUCCCAUCUGCUCAGCCAAGGACAUAUGGACGCAAGUAUGCUAGAGGAAGAAGGAGAAUGAUGCAUUCAGGCGUGGUGCUAAGGCGACAACUAAGCUUACAGAAGGAGGAAGAGAAGGUGGCCGAAGAAACAAACUCUUCUACGCAAAAAACAAGCAUGUCUCCAAGCAAGACUAUUUUAUUCUCUGAUCAAACUAACCUUGCUCAUCAGGAUUCUAUUGUGAGCCAGACUCCUAAAGUGCUGAAAGAUGGUUUUCAGUCAAGAAUGUGCACUCGCUCGUUUAAUUCUCCAGAUUUGCAAACAAAAGUCGAACCUAAUGUGAAGAGAAAACCAGGUCCAAAACCCGGAUCUAAGCCAAGGCCAAAACCAAGUGCAAAGCCAGUGUCAAAACCGGGUUUUAAACCUAGCCUAAAGUCAGGUCCCAAACCUGGACCAAAACCUGGAAAGAAGACAGGACAAAAACCUGCACCAAAUGAAUCAGAAGUUCAUCUGAAAACUGAAACCACUGUAAGACAAAAACCAGGGCCAAAACCAGGUUCAAAGCCUGGACCAAAGCCUGGAUUGAAACUUGGACCAAAACCAGCCCUGAGACCAGGUCUAAAACCUGGCAUCAAGCCCGCUGAGGUUUUGACCGCCACAGAUUCUGCUCCCAUCAAAGCCCCAGUAGGUCGCCCCAGGGGCUCAAUUUCAAAAGCAAAAUUGAUGAACCAGGACGUUUCAAGGCAACAAGUCCAAGAAAAGCAAAGCAGGGCCAGGAAAGCUCUGAAAACUACAACACUCCGGGAUAACCAGGAUGUAAAACCUCAACCAGAGGAAAAACAAGCUUCUCCAGAGGUAAAGGUACCAGAGAGGGAGAACAACAAUAUGGUCUUAAGAUCCAGAAAACCCUCACAGGAUAAACUAUCAAAAGAAAAAGAAAGGGGAGUGGAAGACAUUCAAACCCAAACACCAACAGAAAAUAAACUCCGUGAUAUUUCUCUAAAAGUAGAAGAGACCACAGUCGUGGAAAAAAUUCUACCUCCAGACGCUGAUACCAUGAUAACAGAUGUUCCCAUACACUUACCUGCACCACUUGCAAAGCCAGUCUUAUCUGAGGCAUCUAAGGAAAAGACAGUACCUACACUAAAGCGCAAAUCUAGCCCAGAAAUCUGCACACCACCUGUAAAAAAGAAAAGAGGUCCAAAGCCCAAAUUAAGAACUUUGUCACCUCAACCAGUCCUGUUUGAAAAGGCUCUACCCGCAUCCAAAGAGAAAAGUGUCCGAGGCCCCAGAAGAAAGCGAGGACCACCCAGGAAAGCUUCUCUGGGCAUUACAACAACCAAAGACAUUCUUCCUAACAACAGUGGAUCUUCUAACAGUGAUGUGUCUGUGGUGCCUCCAUUGUGCCCCACUAAAACAAAGGUCCUCCCCCCACGCAAAGGCAGAGGGCAGAAAUAUGAGGCAAUGGUACAAAAGAUUACAUCUCCUAGCUCAAAGAAACACCUCCCAGCUAGCCAACAAGACAGCAGUCUAAGUGACGAUAUUACAUCUAAGGCUUUUCCUGAAUUUGUCCUUAAGGAAGGGGAGACUUCAAUUCAAAUAAAUAACACUGAGAAAACAGAGUUUACAAAGGAGGAAAUGAAACAGCAAGAAGGAGCAAUCACAAUGGACGUAUCACAAGAAAGUGGAAAGCAUGAGCUAAGUCAAGAGGAAUCAACAAUAAAUAUAGUGAGACCAUUAGUGGAAGAUGAGAUUAUAAACAGGAAUGACAGAAGACAGGAAAAAAGUAAACCAGAAUCCAAGAUAGACACGGUCAAUGAGGCUUUGACCUCAACAGAGACAUCAUUAGAAGUUGGGGCUGUAGUUGAGAGGACACAACAGACUUCAGAGAGUGUUUCUACUGAUGCCACAAAGUCUUUCAGAACUAAGAGAAAAAGGUGGGCCAUGGUGGAAAGUACAGAUGCAUCAGUAGUAGCUUUGGAAGCAGACAGUCUCAUAAUCACAACACCAAGGCUUGCAAAACAGAGAGCCAUUAAGAACAACCAUGAAAUGCACCUUAAACAAAGGAGGAAGAAGAGAAAAGGAGAGGCCAAUUUAGAGGAAAAUGAGACAGUAGAUGAGACAAACACAACAACAGAAACAUUGCAACCUGUGGAAAGGAUAGAGGAGAAGGUGGCCACCACAGAGUCCACAGAACGUCUACCAACUAACCAGGAUAAGUUCACAGAAACCCAUCAGUCUGUCUCCACAGAACUUAUUCAGAAACCUCGAAGAGGCCGAAAACCGUCAGCAAACCCAACCAAACGGAAAAGAAGCCAAGCCUCAAUGGAACAGACACCUGGAAAGCCAGUAAAGAUUCACAAAAAACCUGGGCCAAAACCUGGGAUGAAAGAUGCCAUUGAGGUUAUUGAGUCAGUUGUGAGGGAAGCUGGAUGUGAACAGGACAAAAAAGAGGAAAGAGAAAAAGAAGAAAGGGAAAGAAGGGAACAAGAGAAGACAGAAAGCGAGGAGACUAGUAUUGUGGGUCCUGUGCUGACUGUAACAGAAAAAAACAUGGUGGUCAACUCUGUGAAAAGAUGUAGGAGCAGACCAUUCAACCGAAAUUCCAAACUAUCUUUUUGUCCUUAUGUACGGAUCAACAACUCCAGAGACUUUUCCUCUUGGUGUGCCAUAGUCAACAAGCCUGAAGACGCCGUUGUAUUUCAGAGACGGAGAAAAAAGGGCAUACUUAGAAUGAGGAAUCCUUUCACGGUUGCUAAAGUAGUCCCACACACUGCUGCCAUGCAACUAGGACCAUUGGUAAAUACAAAUCUAUCUGAUAAGCGUCCUACAUGUUGCUUGUGUGGGAAACCGCCAAACUAUAAGGACCUAGGAGAUUUGUGUGGACCCUACUACACAGAAGAUAGUAUUCCACGGAAAAUUCUGACUAUCACACACGCGCAAUUCUUCAGGGAAGACACCAACAAGAUUGACAGGAAUCAUAGUAGCAGUAGUGAAGAACCAGGUACCUCCUCAAAGACAGAAGAUAUGGUGAACUCAGACAAGGAGGGAAAUACAGAACCUUCAUCUGAAGUGGCUGGUAACAGCAGGCAGCAUCACCGGCAUUACCGACGGCUAGUGAGACCGGAAAGACCUUGUCAGGAGGGUGGUCCGAGAAGACUCACUCUCAGAGAGAGAUUCAGGAGAAUGAACCAGCUCCAAAACAUCUGCACGGUUGCUUCGAAAGACCAAGAGGACAAUGAAAGCACGUUCCAAAGGCUACAAAUGGAGGCUGUGGCCAAACAGCACUGGGCUCAUGAAAACUGUACCAUCUGGACCAAGGGGAUAAUUAUGGUAGCUGGAAGGUUAUAUGGACUGAAGGAAGCUGCCAGCAAGUCAGCUCAAACGAGCUGUCACAAGUGCCAGAUUUUGGGGGCAUCCCUCAGUUGCUGUUGGAGAGGCUGCUCUUAUAAAUAUCACUACAUCUGCGCCAAAGAGAUAAGCUGCAAAUUCCACGAGGAUGAUUUUUCCAUCAAAUGCCCAAAACAUGAGGACUUGUAAGAUAUCUCUGUAUUCCACCUUCACUACCAAAAUCAUCAUUCUGCCACUUAUCCUGCAAGCCAAAACUGCUGCAAUAAAGGCAGUGAUAAAAGGACAAGCACGAUGGCCAGAGACUGCAUCAAGGUGUGGAGCAAAGAGCAGCUCAUACCCUGGAGAACUGAACAGCUGCUUGCUGAAAAUAGUCCUCAACAGCAAGGCAGGGGGUGGUGGCAUUGUCUUUCUGCCUGGACCUCAGUGCAAACAGUUUGAAAUGCAGAGCAAGGAACAUAGGUCUGUGGGGGUACAGCAUUCAGAUAGGUUCCCGUCAUCCUCAGACAACUGGACACGAACGUCCCAUUGACUGUCUCGUCCAAGCGGCCAACAGGAUCACAUACAAGUGUUUUUUGGUAUGCGUAUGUGAUAACCACUGCAUUAUCAUUCCAUGGCCAUAUCUUCACCAUGUGUUUGUGUAUAUGUGUCUGAGUGCAGACGUGCAUCUUCAACUCAAGAUCUUAUCUGUCUUGGGAAAAAAAUUUAAAUAAAAAAAAAAAAAAACUAAAAACAUUGUACCAAGUGUCAACAUGGUGGCGGUGGUAUCAUGAUGUUGGGCUGUUUUGCUACUAAAACAGCUUAACAGAAAAAACAAAAGUACUGCAACCAACCACUGGAUGUACUAUCUCAAUGUCUGCAUUUAUGUUUGGAACAAGAGACAAAACUAAAAAUAAACGAGGACACUGUAAAUGAUGUGCUUUACAGGUUCUAAAGAAAAAAACUGUAUUUUAAUAUAAUGCUCUUAUCUUUAAAGGUGUAUAUUGAUGUGCAUUAUGACUAGGCAACAUCAUUGCGUCACCCUUGGUAUAUGUCGGACUUUGUGUUCAGAAAUGAAAUAUAUAGAUAUAUAUGAAAAAACAAAAAACAAAAAAAACAAAAACAUUAAAUCUGUUGAGUUUAAUUCAACUGUGCGCAUAUUCAGUAUAAUAUACAGCAGACAUUGUCAUCACACCGGAUCAGACGAGGGCUCGGAUUAUGGAUGCAGAGACAGUUUUAGCUCACUUCAUUUCAAUGUACGGCUCAGAAAUAUCCAAUGAUGUGUAAUUACUUCACAGCUGCGCAAAGAGACGCUCCACCUGUCUGUUUGUGUAUGAAAAAUGUAGCCUCUUUUCCUCUCUGCCAGGCGAUAUAACGCUGCACUGUGCAGAGAGACAGUCAACGUUUUAGUCAUUUCAGAAAGAGACAUAUUUAAGUAUUAAAGCAGAAAAGAAAGUGUAAAAACUCCACGCCAAACGUUCUCUUUUCGAAGCUCAUUAUUUAAUGGUGUACAGAAGUAUUUGAUGCUGUUUAAAUGUAAGAUGUGAUGUACUAAUAUAAUUGUGUAUAGUAUUUCCUAGAGAUGUUUAUUUUCUAUAAAAUGGAAUAUGUUAUUGCUUAUAAAAUGUUAUUAAAAGAAUCCAUUGAUGAUACAAAAAAAAAUAACCCCCUUUUUUGGAAUGUCACUUGUCUUAAGUGGGAGCAUGCCGUUUUAUUGAUUUUUAUGUCUGUUUGUUUUGGACUCGAUGACACAGCAUCACUUUGUUUGAAAUGUUUUUUGUAACGCCAAUGUUAAAUAUACCAGCACCUUUCAAUGCUGCUACAA